AUUUUGGAUACAUCUAAACAAGUCCUGAGACAAGAUGAGUUGGGAUUGUGUUUGAUAGGAUGACAACCUUGCAUCUAGAAACACAGUCGGGUAACAAUGGAAUGGGUAUAAGGAUAUUUUAAGCUAAUUUUUCCUGAGAGAGAAAUGUUGCAUAGCUGUUCCCUCCUCGUUCGUCUACACCUGAUUUGAGAGCUCAAGAUCUGAGGCCUCUAGUCUCGUGCAUUUGAAAGCCGUGUUACGAUGAGCAAGGAGGAUGUCGUCAAGGUGCAGACUCUGAUGCUGAGAGUGAACAUACACUGUGAUGGGUGCGAGAAGAAGGUCAAGAAGACCCUCCACAAGAUCGACGGUGUCAGCAGCAUCGACGCGGAAGGCGGAACAGGGGAAGGUGACGGUGUCGGACACCAUCAUCAGGAAGCUCAACAAGGCCGGCGCAGCUGUGCGGCUUCAAGCCUGGCGUGUCCGCCGCAGCUCUUGGGCGGCAAUAUGCCGGCGUUCACCCCGGCUGUGCCGUUGAAGGACGCCAAGUCCGUCAAGUUCGCCCUCCCCGAGGAUAACUUCGGUGACGACGGCAGCGAAUUCGACGACGACUUCGAUGACGACGAUGACUACAACGACGAUUUCUAUGACGAGCCCAAGAUGAUGAUGAAGCCCAUGGCCACCGGCGGGGGCGGCAAGAAGGGCGGCAAGAAGGGUGGCGGCGGGAACGAGAUCCCGACGCAGAGCAAGGGAAACGGCCAGGGCCACAACGGGGGUGCGAAGGGAGGCUUCCCAGGGAGAUUGCGCUCCCCAGGGAGCUUCGUCAUGCUGCCCAAGGUCAGAGGUGAUCAACAUCGCCAUGGUUGAAAGUUGAAACACCGUGGCUCAAUCAUCAGUGUACUUUGAGUGCCAGCUAUAAUUUAUCCUUUUUCCCCUUUCCUCUUCUCUUUCUCUUUUUGUCCUUUCUUUGGAGAAAGAAACUUCCUUGAAUGCGAAGUUUGGUAUAGUAAUUAUGGGAUAGCCACAGCCACCAUCCAAUAGGGGUGGUGUUUGUGGCUACAUAAGGUAGAACAAUGUUGACAAUCCCAGUAAAUCAGUGUGCAAAUGUUGUGGUUCACAUUCUAACUACUAUAUGAUAGUCGUGCAUUCAGAUCUUUGCAGUUGGAUGAAGCAUCAUGAAUAACACAUAGAUAUAUCCUCCAGUGGGUAUUUGAUCUGGUUUUGCACUAGUAUAGAUACAGCUGUUCUUUAUUUUCAGAUUCAGUUCACAUGAACCUUUUAAACUUUUGAAUUCAUGC